GGCUCUGGCGGUGUGGACGGAGGGCUCUGUCGCCGUGGCGGCCCCUUGUGCCCACAGGCCUGCCCGUGACGGGACUGAGACGGUGACCUCCGGUCUCCGAGUUUUUGUUUGUUUGUUUGGUUGGUUUUUGUUAUGUUCUUAACGAUUUUUUUAGCGAGAGAGGAAGGGAGAGAUAGAAACAACGAUGUGAAAGAGAGUCAUCCAACGUCUGCCCCCUGCUGCACGCCCCCUACUGGGGGUCAAGCCCGAAACCCCGGCCUGGGCCCUGACAGGGAAUCCCACCGGGACCUCGCAGUCCCUGGGGCGACGCUCAGUGCACUGAGCCACACCGACGGGGCUGGUCUCCAUUUUAACAAUGAUUUUAUUCCUUGGUGUGCACAGCAUAUAGAGAGUAAGUAAAUCCAUUUGCCAACUUGAGUUGGGCAGAUGAUGAUCUAGAAUGUUUCCUGGGGGUUUAGGCAAGGGUAUGAUGGGGUUCACCAGCUGCAGUGUGGAAUGGACCAUGAAGGGACCGCUGGAGCAAGGGCAGCCCCGAGGGAGCCUGCCCCAAGUUUCCUGCAGCGUAGAAUCCAGGCCUGAGGGGAUGGGUGGUACCUUCCGCAGGGGGCAGGCGGCUUCUUCUGCCUGUGGCUCCAAAGGCACGUUGUCCGGUCCCAAAUACAGGAAGUGGAGAAGGAUCAAGAAACUCGAGUUUGGGGACCACAAAGUAGGCAGUGGUCCAUGGUACCUGACACUGGCGUGGAGACCUGUCCCCCAGCAGAGGAAGAAGGUUCCUUGUUUAGCGACUGAGUAAAUACCGACACUGUUUACAGAAAUGAGGAAACCAGCCAGGAUCUUCGGUUGGGGCUUUAAUUGCAAGCUCAGAAAAGCAAAGAGCUGAGCCCGAAGCCAGAGCUCUGAAGAAGUGGUUACAUAGAGAAGUUUGUUAGGCCGGAGGACUGUGCCUCAGCCUUUCUCCUUGGCCCUUACAGGAAGCUUCCCUGACCCCUGUUCUCCUGGGAACAGAGAGAUGGAAAAGCCUACAGGCAAAAAAAAGAAGACACAGAGCCCAAAGGAGGACACGGUGGUGCAGAGGGACACUACCAAGGACGAGAAGGUGUCUGGGGGGAGAGGGCCCAGCAGGAGAGGCACUCUGGCUAGAAAGCACAGUAAGGAGCCCGGCCUGAGUCCUGAGGAUGAAGCCCACAUCUUCGAUGCCUUCGAUGCUUCAUUUAAAGAUGACUUCGAGGGGGUUCCUGUGUUCAUCCCUUUUCAGAGAAAGAAACCCUACGAGUGCAGUGAAUGUGGGCGCAUUUUCAAGCACAAGACGGAUCACAUCCGCCAUCAGAGGGUUCACACCGGAGAGAAGCCCUUCCAAUGUGAUCAGUGUGGGAAGACCUUUCGGCACAGCUCUGACGUCACCAAGCACCAGAGAAUCCACACGGGAGAGAAGCCCUUUAAAUGCGGUGAGUGUGGGAAAGCCUUUAACUGUGGCUCAAAUCUCCUGAAACAUCAGAAAACUCACACUGGAGAGAAGCCGUACGAGUGUAAGGAAUGCGGGAAAACCUUCGCCUACAGCUCAUGUCUCAUUCGCCACCGGAAACGGCACCCCCGGAAGAAGCACUGAGCGCCGGGAAGCUGUUCGAUCAGCACCUCCCAUUGCCACCUCUGCUGUGGCAUCCACUCUGGCGGCGGCCUGCCCACCUGCUCCUUUGAGGAUGUUGUCUGCAGACUCUUGGCCACUGGGUCCUGAGCCUGUCCCCAUGCAGCCUGGUGGGGGCCUGUGGCCCUGAGCUACACAGCAGUGCUUCUGCAGGAACUGGGCACCCUCUGGACAGAACCAGACCCCUGCUUUCCCCACUCAGCCAGCUGCGGUGACCGUCCUUCUCGGGCUGGAGCACCAGCCCUUGAACUCAGUGCCCUGUCCCCAGGAACCAGAACCCCUAUGUGUCCCCUGGGCCAGCCAUCAUGCCAGACCAGCGGCCUGACUUACCCAGAUGGACCACUUGGGACACAGCUCGUUGGGCCUCCGUGCUGCCAUGUGGAAGCGCUUCUUGCCCGGCCAUGUGCCGGGUCCCAGAGCGCUGAGGGUACCUUUCAUCCAGCCACACAGGAGGCCUUCAGAUGGGCUGUGUGCCCUGCCCCCCAGGGCCCAGCUCUCCAUCCAGGGCCGACGGGCCACAGAAGGAGUGACAGGCGGAGGUGAUCCUGACAAACACUGCCCUCCUGUGUAGUGCCCAGCACCGCCCCAGGCAGCUUCCCAAGGCUCUCCGGCCGUGGGCAGGUUGUGAGAGCAGACCACCCCGAAGCAAGACAUUCCCAAUGAAAUAUGCAUAAAAAGGAACCUCAGAACUAACAAAGUUCCCACAUUCCUGAACUCUGAGGAGGACCAGAGGUCAAGAAGGAAGCGAGGAAAGGAAACCUCUAGUCCAGCCCCCGAGGCUGCAGGACAGGUGGGGACACCGGUGUGGGGAGGGCUGUCCCUGCAGGCAGGUGAGCAGGGCGGUGCUUCAUCGGAGUCCGUCGGGAGUGCAGUGACAGGAAACUGGAAAUAACUGGGCCCUCACGUGACUCCCAGACCUUUCAGAGGUGAAAAGGUUCACAGUGGGCAGACGUGGAUGUGUGCCCGCCCUGGCCGGGAGGCACCCCUGACUCCUUUGACCCGGCCUUCUGGGAAUGGGCUCCACAUGGGAACACUGCAGGCUGAGAAUGUCCCAGAUCUCGGGCACCUCCCCACUGUCACAGGAAGAUGUACAGCAGCGACCCAGACCCACCUCGGUGCCUCGACACACCGCCGGCUCCACCACAGUCCAUGGAGAGUGCAGGGAUGGCUCCAGGCGACCCAGCAUCUGGGUGAAGGCCACAGAGGACCCUGAACAUAUGUGGUGAUGCCCGUGGAUGCCCCAGGGACUUGAUGUUGGUGUGCUCCUGCUGGCGUCCUGUGAGCCAUGCCAGCGUCUGCCCCUCUGAGGGAAGGUGGGGAGACAGCGCCGUGGGGCAGUGGGCAGUGAGGGCCACAGAGCAGGGCCUGAUCAGUGACUUUGGCUUCUGGCCGCUCUUGCACUGGGGUCCACUGCACUCCUGUGGGCAGCAGGGUAUCGCCUGGGCUUUCUUUCUACUCUCAUAUCUGACCCAGUUUGGGCACCAAGAGGUGAUCAUUUGUUACCUCUGCAAGUGAGCUAGACUCCAACUCGUGCUGUAGAGUGGACAGGACUAGGCUGGGCCACGUGGCCUCAGCCCCAGGAAGGAAGUUCAUGGCACUGGGGGCACUUGGACAUUUGCUCUGGAGCAGGUCAGAGAGCAUUCUCAGUGAGCCAGGAUGGAGGGGUAAAGCGGGGUGUCUCCGAGGCGCAGGGAAGGAACAGGCUGGCGCCAGGGUGGUCUCCAGGUCCGCUGCCCAGGGACCUUUGUGUGCUAAGCUUGGAGUCUGCUGUCUCCAGGAUUCCUCCCCGCAAACUCCUGCCACCUGCUGGGUGACCUGCAGGGUCCCGUCAGGAUCCAGGCUUGGCCUGGGGACAGGGCUGGUGCUGCCCAAAGCCAUCUGCAGACAUGGUUUCUGAGGCCCGAAGUCACCAUCCCCUCAGGGCAAGCACCCAGUGGCCUCGGCUCCGAAGCACGCCUUGGUCUCGGCACUGGGUGUGCCUGCUACACCAUGUGUGCCCGCUCACUGCAGCCUCCCCAUGGGGCAUCUGGUUCUCUGUUCUUUGUGUCCAUGCCUCUUGGUGUGAAUGUGUUUCCUGGUGAGCUUGCGCACUCGGUGUACUGGCCUUCUCCUUACAUCCCCCAGGAAGUGUGUCCGUGCACACAUACCUAGUGGCUCGAGGUGGCCGUGGGCCAUGAACCCUCUGGCACACAGCUGGUGGUCUCGGGCCCGUGGUGGUGCGGACACUCGCUAGCCUGGUGUUUUUCACUUAAUUUAGUGUCCAGAAAUUUAACUCUCCGACUAGUCAACAUUGAAAUUUUACUCUGAAAUCCCUUCACUCCUCAGUCCUUAUUAAGCAAGUGUGCUCUGCCUGGGGUGGAUGUUCUCUGCUUUUGUGGUUCCUGUGUCCACGUGGUCUCCUGACACAGAUGGAGCCACACUGGCUCCCACCUGCUCCCUGCGGUCUCCACACUCAUCACAGAGCCUCCUGUGCUGGGACCUGCUGGGGCCUGCUUUCUCCUACAAUAAACAUCUGUCCUGACCUCUUCGCCGCAUUCUGUUGAUCUCUGCAGCUUGUGGGUGCAGUUGGGACUCCCCAGAGAGGCAAUGCUGCCUCCCCCAGAGAACG